UUUCUGACGGUCAAAACAACCGUCUUCUGACCCCGUUGUGACUAAUUUUGCGCUCCGGGAAUAUUUCCGUCUGUUUACAUCUGCAUAAGUCAUCGACGGUCUCCGUGUUCGUAAACCUCGUGCCUAGGUUAGAGACAAGUCUGUUUAGUACAAUUGUAGAGUUUGUAAGGAUGGAUGGAUCUCCACUCACCAGAUGACAUCAUAGAAGGGAACAUCGCGUAGCCUAACAAUCAAUCUCGUACAGUGAAACAGACAUACAGGCAAUCGUGGACUAAAAGAAAAGUUCCUUAGAACCAACAGACAUCAUUUCGCUCAGGAACCGGUAAACCACGCAAUAGAAGCUAUGGAAGAUACUGCACACGAUGAUACGAAAGUGGAAGAAACAACCAGCCAAUCGAACACCAUCAUACCGACGCCGGAAGUGAAAGGUCCCAACGAUGAGCUCGGCUCGAUUACCACCAGUUCCUCGCCCGUGCUGGAUGACGGUAAAGAUCGCACUGGAUUACAGCCCGUCUCGGAAGCUAAUCAAACAAACGCCGCACCGGAGCUUUCCAAGCGGCAGCGCAAGAAGCUGCUCAAGCUAGAAAAAUGGGAACAGAGGAAAAAGGAAAAACGUCAGAAGGAGAAGGAAAAGAUGAAGGCAAAGCGUAUCGAAGCGCUACAGCAAGGACUGCCGGUACGUAAAGGGCCGAGCCGGAAGGAGCUGAAGCGACGGAAAGUUAGCUACAACGAUGCCAAGAUCGACAUCGUCGUCGAUCUUAGCUUCGACCGCAUGAUGAUCGACAAGGAUGUGGCGAAAUGUGUGAAGCAGCUGCUGCGUAUCUACACGCUGAACCGCCGGUCCGAGCGCCCGGUUCCGCUGCACUUCGUUGGCAUCGAGCAGGGCGGUGCGGUCGAACGACAUCUUGCCCGGAACGAUGGCUACCGGCACUGGGACGUGCGGUUUAGCAACGAGCACUUUAUGCAACUGUUCCAACCGUCCUCGCUGGUGUAUCUGACCAGCGAAUCGGACCAGGUGCUGGACCGGCUCGAGGACGGCUGUGUGUACGUGAUCGGUGGUUUGGUGGAUCACAACCAGCACAAAGGCCACUGCUAUCAGCUAGCGCAGCUGCACGGUAUACGGCAUGCUCGGUUACCAUUGGCGGAACAUCUGGUCAUCAAAACGCGCACCAUCCUAACGAUCAAUCAGGUGUUUGAGGUGUUGCUAAAGGUGCACAUGGGAAGGGAGUGGCAACAGACGCUGCUGGAAGUGUUGCCGGCCCGGAAGGGAGUCACCCCGAAACCAGGCGUGCUAGCCGCUGACGACGAGGCGAGUACGGAGCCAGCAGAAGCUGCAACAAAGACGUAGCUGUUAAUUUGUAAAUUAUCAUUGGAGUUAUUGUUUUAGUUUAAGCUUCAAUUUGCAAGGUGCAAAAUGUUUCACUUCUAAUCAGGUUGAAUUUUUACGACACUUGUACGCAAAUUCGUAUAUAAAUGAUCAUAGGCAGGGUACACGAUAUCAUCCAUCAAUGUUUUGGAGGGCCUUUUUUCCUUUAAAAUUUCUUCUAACCUUUGGGUUAGGAAAAAAAGAGUUCGAGUUUUUUUUUGGAAUUCAAAUGAAAUCGCAAUAAAGUGUAGUAACAGUAACAAAACGAAA